CAAUGGCGGCGGCUACUGCGGGAGAGCAAUACUGAGGGACUUUUCCCUCUGGGCUUAGGGGUGGUGAGUGACGGGCUCGGUCAUGGCUUCUCACAACAUCGCCUUCCUCGUCGAUACGGCGGCGGAGCCCGGGCCGGUGCGACAGGCAGCUCUCCGUGUGCUGUUACACUCGGGUUGCGGCUCCGGCCUCCACAACGUCCGCUGGGCUUUCAAACUCUUCAACUCGGCGGCGGCGAGGGCGAGAACCCGCGGUGGGUCCCGGGGCCAUGGCUUCAGGGAACUACGGCUCCGGCACCUGGAGGAGCUGGAGGAAGCCCUGAGCCGAGAAGCAGCGGCCAGUCGGGAUCGGGGGCCCGCCGUUGCCUCCGCCACUCAGACCGCGUUGAUCGAGGCCUUAUCGGACUAUCAGUGGGACCAGCCGGACAUCACGUCCCCCGCUAAGUCCCGCCCGGGAUCAGGAACCGAGGCCCCGCCGCCCCGAGCUCGAAGUUCCCUCUUUCUCUUUGUCCCUUGCCCGCACUCCCGGGAUGAGCUACUUGGUUUCCUGCAGCUCCCCGCUAGCCACAACUGCCAGCAACUGGCUGAGAAAAUCAUCCCGGCUUCAGUCCGGACCUUACUCUCUAGCCAUUCCAUCGCCUUCCAUUGGGUGGAUACCCAGUGCCUCCACCAGUUCACUGGAACUUCUGAUCAUAUUGGAUAUAAAAGGGUCUCUGAAGUGAUGCGCUCAGUUGGUGGAAGUUUAAUUCCCUUUACGGCUUUAAUGCAACUUGCAAUUAAUGACUCUGCUUUACUAUUGGGCAAAAUGUCCCAAGUUGGUCAGAAGAAGAUUGUUUUUGAUAAAGAUGGAGUAGAUAAAAAAGAGUUUGUGAAACUAAGGGAAACAGUAGCUGCUCUCUUUCCAUUUGAUUGCAGUAUGAAUUACUUUGUGAAUAUUGAAAGUUUCUACCGGAAGAUGUUUCCUCUUCAAAUUGGAUUACUGACUAUCACCCAAGGUGAGCAGGUGAUGUGUUGUCCUGUAACUUUGGAGCCGGUUUCUUCUUGUCAGAAAAAUGUGACUGCGCCCGUGAACAUCAUUGUCAAAGGAGCUGUAAAAGAUUGGGAUCGGCAAAGGACUAAUCAAUUUUUAACACAUGCUUGGAUUUUACAAUGUGCUCAACAAAAGGAAACUAAAGAUAAUUAUUUUCUUCAACGACUUCUGGAGCAAAUGACCUGCAGCAAUAUAUAUCUGGUUGUUGAUGUGGAGAUAAAUAAUUAUUUGCCCCCGUAUACAGGGCUACUGUCUCCUCUACUUCGAGGCACAGCAGUGCUUACAUUGUUUUGUUGCGAACAAGAACCAGAGUUUGAAGAGCUUCUCUUGCAGGCUGAAAUAAUUGAGAGCAACCAGACGAUGUCUUCUGAGGUGCCAGAUGCUGUAAACAGAGCAUUGACUCUGGCCUCUAAUUCUGCUGAAGAUUUACCCAGUUCAGAGGUUACUGUUCCAGAUUGGGUGCAACUGGAGCUGGCUCAGACUUCCCAACAAAGGAUUUCUUUUGUUGAAGGCUGGUUUCCAUUAUCAGAGUUAUCAGGAGCAAGCUCUACUCUAAUGGAAUCAUUCAGGUCAAUGCAUGGAGUUGAUGAGAAAGCUAAUCUGGACUAUGAAACCUCUCUAACUAAUCAGUUAGCUGAGUUCUACCAGAAGAAGUCUGCGGAUGAAGCCGGACCAAUUGUAGAGCAAGGUUUAAAAAGAAGACGGUGUGGUCCUCGAACCCCUGUACGGCAGAGGAUGAGAUCUAUGAGUCGCUCUCUUCAGAUGUUGAAUGUUGCUAGACUAAACUUGAAAGCACAGAAAAACCAACCGGAUGGGAUGCAGCUUUCCAUUGGAGAUGAUCCUGCGCAUCAGCCCAAGAAACAUCUGGGGAGCAAACAAAAAGCUAAAAGAAUGAAAAAGAUUACUGUAGAUUUUAAAACUGAAGAGGAGAUGAUGUCCAGUUUGAAAGAAAAUUACGAGAAGCAUGUGGCAGAUGAAUUGUCCCAGUUUAGUUUUGUGCAGAAUGCAGUCUCCGUCAUUAAAAUAUACUUAAAAUCUGCAAACACUAAUGUUCAUGAGACUGCAUGUAUAAAUUUGAUUCAAAUGCAAUUACUGAAGAGCACUAAAUCCAUUCGGCAGCAGUAUGGAAACCAGGAGAACAAGGAACUCAAAAUCAGAGAUUGCCAGCUCCAGGUCUUGUUACGUUUAGAGAUGUUCCAACAGUUUCCAUCAUUGCAGAGCGACCGUGAACAGUUGGAACGGCUUGUGGAAGAAAUGACAAAUUUGUUGCGCAUCAUAUCCCUAACAAAGGACACCACCUUUCUUGCCACAUUUCUGGAAGAAGAGAUCUUAAACACGUAUUUGUUUACAGUGCCAAAGAUACUGGGUGAGCUAUACUUUGGAUUAGGACAGAAUGUCCCAGCACAACUGGCUGCAGUGCUUCCUGCUGACUUCUUGAGUGAUGAAUCCUUGAGCCAAAAAACAGAGUCACCUGAUGUGUUGGUGGCCAGUGAAGCAAACUUUGGAGGUUGUGAAGGAGAGCAGCUGGAAGAACUACGUACUAGAUCAUCUCGAAAGAGAAGGAGCCUUCCCCUGACAAGACAUCGGAGUGUGUCUGAGAUUUCCCAUAAUUUGCGACAAAUUCAAAUACCAAAGAAAUCUGCAAAACUGCAGGAAAAUUUGCAGCCUCACCUCCCCAUUGCUGCUGAACACCCAAUAUUACCAUCAUUACCUUCACAAAAGGAAGUACAAGAGGUGACAAAAGUGCGAAGAAACCUCUUCAAUCGAGAAAAGCUGUCUCCGAAGAAAAAGCUGAAGAUGCCAAAAAGCUACUCUGAAUCGGUGGUUGAAGGAUCAAGCAACCUGCACAAUAAAGAAAAAACUAGUAAAGGGCAUCGAAAAUUACUGACCAAGAAGGUGACCGAGACACCACUUCACAAACAAGUAUCACACCGGCUCCUGGACAAACAGAUUAGAGGGAGAUGCUCAGAGACUGGUUCUGAUGUUAGUAUUGUUAAGGAAUCUCCAGAGAGAGCGCUAUCUGCUGACUGUAUUCUAAGGAGGAGCCCACGCAUCAAGAAGGCAGCUCUUGCUAAGAGUCAUUCUAGUUCUUUUUACUCUGGUUCAUGCCCAAUGUCUCGGAGUUUGGAGCGAGUUCAGUCAUUGUCACAUAUACAAGCAGCAAAAACAAAGAGAGCAGACAUUCGAAACAUCCAGUCUCCAAAUCGGCUUCUUUUUGGUGCUGUGCUUGGGCACGUCAGACCAAAAGAGAAGCAGUCAUCAAAGGGCUACUGUUCAGAUUCUGAGAGCCUAUCUGCAUUUCAGCCUCCAAAGCCUACUCCUGAGAAACUUCCAAGAUCCCCGGAUAAGAGCAGAAUCAUACAAAAGUCCCCACUGACAUCCUGCUAUUUGACACCAAAGAAGGAUGUAAACAUCUCCAAGACCCCAACAAGAUCUAGAACCAUUAAUUGCAAAAGUAAGAAAUCUUCCCCAUGGAACAUAGUAUUGAAUUCACGCUUUCAAUCACCUAGGCGAAGUGAACGUCUGAGUAAAGAAACAACUAACAAAAGUAAGUCAACUUGGAAGAUGGAAGUUCAGUCUCCAUUUAACUCCUCUCUUUCACUGUCAUCACCUAAUAAGGACUAUUUGCCAGUUAAAUCGUCUUCCCGACGGAGUGAACGCUUAAUGUCACCUUGCAGAAAUAGUUCAACCACAGAUGUUUCUCCUGCACCUUCAAAGACUUUAGAAUUGGCUUCCCAAGUGAAAACGCCAAGGAAAUGUUUAUCUCUGUUAAACAGUCCAGAUAAGGUAUCAAGAAAGCGAUCUCUAUCUUAUUCAAUUAAUAGUUUGGUAAAAGAUGAAUCAUCAAUUCCUUAUACACCACAUAAAGGAAAGUUGAAGAGAUCGAAGUCUGAUGAUUCAUUCAUCUCUCACGCUCCAGUAAAAUGUUCUGUGACUUCCCCAGCAAAAGUAUCGAAGAGGAUUGCUAAUACGUCAUGCUCAUCAGAUCAGGCCAUAUCUCAGAAAUCAGAUUGGAGCCCUUCUUCUACACAAAGAAGUACCUGGGAAGUCAGUUUUCAAAUGCCACCGAAAAGCUCAGUGGUAACAAGAUCAAUGCAUAACAUGUUUACUCCAGAUAGACUGAAUGCAAUGCAGCCUAAAAGUCCAAUUAGAACAGGAGUUGGAUUUCCUGUCACAUCAUCAAAAUCUAAGAUGAAGACACCACCAAAUUGUGCUGCAACACCACCUCAAAGCUUAGUAAGGACACAAUCAGUGUUCUGUGAAACACCACUAAAGUCCAAGUUGAAGACGCCAAGAAAAUAUACAGCAUCACCACCCAGAAGCCCAGUGAGGACACGAUCAAUGAUCAGUGUUACACCAAUCAAGCUUGAGUUGACGGAUCAACCUGAAUCUCAUAUAACACCUCCACACCUCAGAUCUUCAAGGAAAAGGACUCUGCUUAAUGUUGCAUACUCAAGUAUUGAUCAAAAGACAUUUAAAUAUAAUUCAACACCACCUAAAAGCCCAAUUGCAAUACAAUCAGCACCUGCAUCUAGUUCAACAUCUACACAUCGCAAAACCCCCAUAAAGUAUGUACUUAGCAUUACACCCUCUAAACAUGAGCUAAAUACAAUGUCUAAUUCUGGGUCAAUGUUGUUUGCAUCUCUCAAACCAGUAUCCACGAGUGAAUCAAUGGAAAUUCCAGGAAACCUUGCCACCUCAAUGACCAGAUUAGACCAAAUAUUAAAAACCCCAGUGAAAGGUAAGAACACAGUUUGCAACGCCCAGAGUAAAACACGAAAGACCCUGAAGACAGUUGGUAAAUCCAAGCUUGAGGGAAUUUCUGUCUUGCAAGAAUCCAAUUUGUGUGAGAGUAUACCACAAAUAAAAUUUGAAAUCUAUGACAGCAAUGAAAGCUCUGUCUCCAGCCAAAUCUUAUCUAACAGUUGGUUUGCAGCAACUUGUGAUAACUUGGAGAAGGACUGUCUUAAUGCUGUUGUAGGAUUAAAUACCUCAAAUUCCCUCCUUUGCUCUUCUCAGAACACAGUUUCUGACCAAGAUUCCAGUGUCAGUUUGAUAAACGAGAGACUGAGUUCAUCUCUGGCCAGAACAACUGAUGCUGGUGCAGCUGACUCUCAAGUGGAAGAGAGUAAAGACAUAUCUCAGGUUAGACUCCUACAAAGUGAAAGCUCUGCCUUGAAAAUGAAAUUUGCUGUGCUCAGAAAAGGAUCAGAUUCCAGCGUUGCUAACUCUGUUGUUUCUAAAAAAAUUCCCUUGCUUCAAACACAAUCCGCGUCGUAUGAAUUCCGCUGGACUCCAGAUAGGAGGCAAAGGCUAGCAGCAGCACGGCAACAGGUGCCUGAUUUUGCCAGAAAAAUCUCAACUCCAAAGGGUCAGAAUUGGCCACCACUGCCAACAUAUGAAGUUGAGCUGGAAAUGCAAGACUCUGGACUUCCCAAACUCCGAUUCAAACGGACCAAUUCUAGCACAAUGAUGAGUCCACAACUGGAGCAAUCUGUCACCAAAAGUAAUGAAAGUCCCUCCUCAGUGUGUGUAAAGAAGGAUGGAAGUGAAAGCCCGUUAAGCGAGAGAAAUGCUCAGCGCUGUGUUAAGCAUUCGGGAAGAAUAGACGGAGGCCAUAUAUCUCCGUCAUUUUGUUUUCAUUAUUCCCAUAACACUCCAGCAAAGGCUACACCCAGAAAAGGUGGAGUCCAGACUUUUAUUUGCCAGUCAUAUACUCCAAGCCAGUGGUCCUGUGAUGCUGCUUCUCCAUCUCGAGCGGAUUUAGGAUUGGUUCCUUGGACACCUUCUCCCAAACACAAGGCAAGACCUUCUCAAACACCAGAUGCUAUCAAAAACUGGCCACGGAAGAAAAAGGCAGCCACAACACCACUUAGUGCAAAGCAGCAAAAAGGAGCGACUACAGCUGUACAAAAUGAUAACUUUUGCACGGAUCACUACAGCAACAAAAUCGUGCCUUUGGAGGAGAUUGGUAUGGAAGGAGUGUGCCGGUUACAAGAUAAUUCCCCCACUAUUGAAUGGGACCAAAGGUUUCCAAAUAGUCCAAAGGAAAAGUUUGGACUUCGGUCUAGAAAACGUGGGCAUGAUCUUAUCUGUACUCCAUUAGAAGAGGGAAGAGAACCUAAAAGGCCAAGAGAGGCAAAUUUCACUACUGCCUUUUCAGAUCCAGAGUUUGCAUUGGAAGGAGUGCAAAAGGAACAGUCUUCACCUCGUGCUUUCUCUCGUUUUUGUAAUACCUUCAUGCACCACCGUUCAGUUGAGGAGGGGAUGAUUUUCGAUACUCCAGCUGCAACAUCACCAAGCUGUAAAGUUAAAUCAACCCUGUCUGCUAGCAGUCUACUGGCACUCACUCAGUCACCGUUGUUGUAUACUGGGAGAACACCUGCUAAGAAAAAAUCUGGUACUAAAGAUGCUACACAUGAAGAUUUGCUGACUGAUAACUCACCUAGCCAAAGGAUGGCAAUCGUUGGUGACACUGACCAGGAUCAUUCUCCUUUUGCCAAAGCACCUGUUCGUCGUUGCAUCACAAAAACGUACUCGAGAAAAAAAUUAGUCAGUUAAUGAGAACAUCUCACUCCUGGCUUUAUCUUCACUCGCUUUGUUUUAGUUCCUCUCUCUGAAGAUGUAGGGUAUGAAAUGUGGUAAAUAUUUAAACAGUGGAAACUACUUUGUGAUUAUUGUGGAUGUGAAGUGGCACUUGAAAUGGAGGGAAAAUGCAACACUGCGUUUUAAAUUCUGUAAUUUUAUGUUCACAUGUAAAGGGUGACUGAACCUUCAAAUGUCAUGUUUUUACAGUGUCAAAUUUUGUUUCUUUUAUAUAUUUAUAUAUUAUGGUUGAACCUUGUUUCAUGUCCCAAAGUAUCAGUGCAAGCUGACUGAGAUAACCUGGAUUAGUGGGAAGCAAGGCUGAACAUCCAUGCUUAAAUUCUGUGUGCCAGUUACUAGAUCUUUUCCACAUGCGUGUUGAAAACGUGGAAAGAAGGAUUCAUUCCAGCUGUAGAGCUAAUGUUAUGCAUUGGAAAUAAUCAGUUCAGUGAAGUUCUUUUAAAUAUUGGGGAAUGGGUAGCAGUGCAGUUGCUGACAAAAGGGUUGAUAUUCUGGAAAGAUAAAAUUGAAGAGGGUGUAGGGCCGUUUUGAUCCAACCUGUAAGAUCAGUAUCAUUGCAAGCUUUAAAUGUUAAAGUUAAGACGAUUUGUAGUAAUUUAGCAGUGGUGUCAAUUUAACAUUUUAAGGUUUUUCUUGCCUUGUGUUUUAAACUGCCAGUGUUUAUUUUAGUGCAUCAAUGUGAAAAUGGUCAUUGAAAAUUUCAAAGCAGAUACUAUCCAUUUGCUGAGACUUUUAGGGCUAUUAAUCAAGCCCUGGACAUGCUUUGAGAUCAAUUGUGGGUGUUCUUUAUUUUAAAUUAUUUAUUUCUGUUUGUCACAUAAUUGAGAAGUUCACUUACUGCAUUUUUAAAAAAAAACCUGAAAUUAUGGAAUGUUUUCUGAAGCUAACUCAUGUUGAAGGAACACCAGUGAUGUGUUGUUGAAUCUCUACAGUGCAAUUUGAUCUUUUCAGGUGUUGCUGCUCUUGGCAGUUGUCACUUUUAAUUUUAAACAGAUUUCACAGUAGGGCAUUGCAGAGAUGUUCCUGGCUUUUACAUUUCUUUUUAGACUACCUGAAAAGAGAAUACCUGGAUCCAUGUGGUAGGAAUGUGGAUGAGCCACAUGAUGUGGAAUCCAGAUCACCAAGUGAUGUUUCAAAUUUCUAUUAAAUAGCAAAUUAUGUAUAAAGUUUUACAAAUUUUGGGAUGAGGGUGUAAAAAUGGGGUAAAAUGUUUUUAA